CCGAGAGGAGAACACAGAACCCGCGGAACAGAACCCACAGAGAACAUGUGCUCCCGGACCUUCACCCGGACCUUGUCCCGGACCGACAGCCUGCCCCGGACCGGCAGCCGGCCCCUGCCCGGCCCGCAGUUCGCCUUCCCCCGGGCGGCGCCCCGCAGCACGCAGCCGGAAGUCUUCACCUUCGAGCGGAUCCCGGCGCAGGUCUCCGCGGUGCGCUCCUACGUGCCCAUCCGGCCCCGGAAGCGCUGCACCCGGGUCAUGUACCCGGCCAAAGUCCGCAUGCACCUGCCCCCCCCGGAGAAGAGCCAGGCCCAGCGCUGGCUGCUGGUCCUGGUCCUGGUGUUGCUGUGGCAGAUCUACACCGAGGAGCCGUGCGCCGACCCCCCGCUGAGCAGCGAGUGCCAGGGCUUCUCCCUCCAGGCCCCGGAGGAGCUCGCCCGGAUCCAACCCGGCUCCGAGCUAGAGUCCGCCCCGCGGGACCCGCAGCACGUCGUGCCCGGCAGCAGCUGCCCCAGGCCCGGGCAGGAGCCGGAGAGCAGCCGGGCCCUGGAGCAGAGCUCCGCCGGGAACAGCUACGUGGUGGCGCUGCUGGUCUACCACCGGCUGGGCGGGGACAGCUAGACCCGGGUCCUGGUUCCACCUGAACCCACCAGACACUGAACCUGUGGGAUCCCACUGACCCGAGCAGGACCUGGUCCCACUGACCCGAGCAGGACCUGGUCCCACUGACCCGAGCAGGACCUGGUCCCACUGACCCGAGCAGAACCUGAUCCCGAGCCGCUCCUGGAGAGCAGCAGCCGGGGAGGGAGCUCCAUGCGCCCGGUCCCCCGGACAGAGGUCCCCCUGGACCCUGGACCCGGAGGACCCUGGACCCGGAGGACCCUGGACCCGGAGCAGGACACUGAGACACUUGAUAAACUGAAACUUGAAAUGAAGAAAACUUGAACUUGUCUCUGCACUGACAGGCCUGACGUCACAGGCCAACAGCUGAAACUCAAUGAACAUGUCUUAUUUGUUAU